ACCCCAAGUAAAGAUCUCCCUGUUCCUUAACACAUUUGCCCUUGGCCCUAGCCAAUACAAAACUAGCUGCCAUUGUAACUAGUUUCUCCCCCCAUAUUAGAACCGGCUCCCACCAUGGCUCGAGCCGCGGUUCUUGUAUGGCUCUUGUCGAUGAUGUUAGUCUCGAUCGAUCUUGCACAAGGUUAUGGUAUCAACUGGGGUGCAAUGGCUACAAACCCUUUGCCUCCAAAGAAAGUUGUUGCAAUGCUCAAGGAAAAUGGGUUCAAGAAAGUGAAGCUUUUCGAUGCAGAUCCUUCAAUGAUGGACGCAUUGGCCGGUUCAGGCCUUGAGGUUAUGGUUGGGAUCCCCAAUGACAAGUUAAAAUCACUUGCUAACGAUUAUGGAAAUGCUAAAGCCUGGGUGAAAGAAAAUGUGACCAGCUAUUUGUAUGAUGGGGGCGUCGCUAUCAAAUAUGUGGCUGUUGGAAACGAGCCAUUCUUAACAAGUUACAACGGGAGUUUUGUUAAGACUACUUACCCGGCAAUGCAAAACAUUCAAAAGGCCUUGUAUGACUAUAGCAAGGAUAUCGGAACGAAAAUAAAGGUUACCACUCCCUUCAAUGCAGAUGUGUAUGAAUCGAAAUCAGACAAGCCAUCAGAUGGUCGUUUCCGAAAGGACAUUAAGGAUAGUAUGGUGCAGAUUCUAAAAUUUCUCAAGGAAGCGAAGUCGCCAUUUCUUGUUAACAUAUACCCCUUCCUUAGUCUAGCCCUCAGCUCUGAUUUUCCCAGGGAGUUUGCUUUCUUUGAUGAUGGUGGCAAGGGAGUUCAAGACAACAACAUCCAGUACAAAAAUGUCUUUGAUGCAAAUUUAGAUACAUGUUACAAUGCACUGAAACAGGAAGGUUUUCAGGAUUUGGAAAUUCAAAUUGGGGAGGUCGGAUGGCCUACAGAUGGUAACAAGGAUGCCAACAUCAAAUUGGCGCAGAAGUUUUAUGAUGGCCUGUUCAAGAAACUAGCAAAAGGGGAGGGAACCCCUCUUCGAAAAGGAAACCCAGAAGUGUACCUUUUCAGCCUUUUUGAUGAGAACACCAAAAGUAUUGCCCCAGGGGACUUCGAGCGUCACUGGGGCAUAUUUCGUUAUGACGGACAACCUAAGUUUCCAAUGGACCUCAGCGGAAAGGGGCAAAACCAAAUGCUCAAGCCGGUAAAAGGGGUGGAAAUGAUGGACAAGCAAUGGUGCUUAUUAAACAGCGAUGUGAAAAACUUGAGUAAGGCACAGGUCGAAAAGGACUAUGCUUGCUCAAAUUCGGAUUGCACCAGCAUUAAAAAUGGUAGCUCAUGUAGCUCUCUUGAACCGCAUGACCAAAUCUCUUACGCUUUCAAUUCAUUCUACCAAUUGAAAAACCAAAGCGUGGAGGCAUGUAAUUUUAAUGGGAUGGGAACAAGGGUAACAGAAGAUCCCUCAAAAGGAGACUGUCUAUUUCCGAUACAGGUAGAAAGUAUUGCUACAGAUAUGGCUGCAUUGAGUUUCUCCACAGGACUAUUAUUGCUCAUGACCUUCUUCGCAUUAAUGUAAGAGAAUAGAUAGCCACUAGGUAGCCAUAUAUACAAGUGAUGUGUUGAAAUGGGUAAUAUUAUCUAAGCAAUUUCUAUCUGUAUAUACUCCUUUUGAACGGUUUUGAGUGUAUACAAGGUUCUUCCUUAAUGGCUAUCAAUUUUGCUGAAAA